AUGGCUAUGGGGAUCCACUUUUUCCACAUCUUUUCUUUGGCUAUAUGUUCGAGUGGAUUAUGGGAUUGCUUUCAUCAACAACUUCCUUCACAUUUGCUUCGAGGAGGCCAUUACCAAUUCCUAACUAAUAUCUCACUAAUGCUCACAAUGGCAUACAUUAUACUAUCGAUGUUCCAUAUCAAGUGUCCAACUUUCUACAAUGCCGUGACUAAUUUGGAAUUUGCAGUGACCGUGACUUAUUGGAUGUUGUUUCUCAUCUUUCCACAUCUUUUGAAUACAAAGACACUCCCACCUACUUUUCAGUUGGAUUUCAAAAUUCAUCUUUGGCCAUACUUGUAUUUACUCGUAUUGAAAGAGAGAAGUAGUAUAAACGGAGUAGCUUUGUCUGGGGUGAUACUUAUCAUUUAUUCGUUAUAUGUUGAGUUAAUUGUGGCGACCGAUUCCACCGGUGUGAGUAAAUUUGCGUACCCAUUCCUCAACAAGUACUCCUUCUCUGGAAGAUUUGUAUGGAUGCUUGCUAUUUGGGCCAUUAGUAGUGCAAACUACAUUGUAUUGAGAUACAUAAAAAGGAUAUAG